GACUAUAGCAUUCUCUGUUGUUUUUUUGUUUGGGGUCAUCAAUAUUUAAAUAAUAAAACGUUUUUUGAAAACUGGACGAUAAUAGUAAAUAGUUUGUUACAAGUUUUUUGGAAAGAUCUAUCGCAUCAAUGCAUGCUUACCUUACAUAGGUCUAUAACGUUCCUUCGCACUUAUAUUAGCUCCGUAAUGGGUAUCUGACAGCGCGGCCCUCGGAGCGCUUACUCCCGUUUACGACCAGAAGGCUGGACAAUAUUUUUUAUUGGAAUUAAUAUUGUUCAAGUCUACAACAAAAUUAUAUAAAUUCCAUUAAAAAUUCAACACAUUUAUUAAAUGACUAUUUCUCCUGAAAGUAUUGUUUGCAUUGGCAUAUAUACAUGUGUAUAUGUGGAAUAUUUCCUUAGUAGCAGUAGUAGCAGGUAAUUCAAAAAGAUGGAUUUCUAAUUGGUUAGCAAUAACGGAACAAUAUUGACUGAGAAGUUAAGUUAUCCGAUCAAUUAGCUAAAUAGUAGCUCAUAACGCUAAGUGGUAGAAGUUAUUCAGGAAAUAUCAUUUAGUUAGAUUCAGUAUAUUUUCAACCGUACGGCAUGCUCUAUUCCUUUCAUCCGUACCUCAAAUACUUUGCCCUUCUGGGGCUUGUGCCUUGGUCAGAGAGUUGUGCCCAUUCUAAGCUCGUACAGAAAGUGUACUCAGCGUUCCUAAUAAUUUUAAAUGCAGUUGAUUUUGGGAUUUCCAUUUAUUUUCCUCAGAAUGCGGAACUAUUUCUCUCUCUAAUGGUCAACGUGAUUGUUUUCGUAGAUAAGAUUGUGUGUGUUACUGUAAUUAUACUGCAGGUGAUGGUUCACUAUGAUGACUACUUUAGGUUCUGCAGGGAGAUAAACUUCUUAGGACUUCGAUUGCAGUGCGAACUUAAGAUACAUGUAGGGCGGUUAAAGUGGCAGUCGUAUGCUAAAAUUCUAGUACUCGGUAUUGGAUUAUUGGUGACGGUGUUGCCCUCCAUCUAUGUUGCUCAAAGCGGUAGCCUUCUCUACUUUUGGUCCUCCCUCCUGUCAAUCCUUAUUAUAAGGAUGCAAUUCGUAUUGGUUCUUUUGUACGUAGAAUUGCUGGGUCACCACGUGAGUCUGUUGGGCACACGACUUCAAAAAGUACUAGAGUGUCAUACUAUCGGCGCCAACUGCACUUUUGACGGCAAUGCCAAUCGGCUUUGUUCCCUGGAGUUUCUGUUAGCACUUAAGCAGAGCCAUAUGGAACUGCAUCAUCUGUUCACCCACUUCAACGAUCUUUUUGGCUGGUCGAUACUUGGUACCUACGUGGUUCUGUUUUCCGAUAGUACCGUCAAUAUUUACUGGACCCAGCAGGUUCUGGCUGAGGUUUAUGAAUACAAAUACCUUUAUGCAACGUUUUCCGUUUUUGUACCGUCAUUCUUCAACAUCUUAGUGUUUUGCCGUUGUGGAGAGUCUUGCCAACGACAGAGUGUCUUGAUUGGAAGUUAUUUAAGGAACUUGUCCUGCAAUCACUCGCUCGGAAGAGAAACUUCUUAUAAAGAUCUGCUGACGGAGUUUAUCUUGCAAGUGGAACAAAAUGUAUUGGCUAUCAAUGCUGAGGGCUUUAUGAGCACUGAUAAUUCGCUUCUAAUGUCGAUUUUGGCUGCGAAAGUUACCUAUUUAAUCGUGCUUAUGCAAUUCAGUUCAGUGUAGGAAUUGCCUAACGCUUUUCUCUUAUGUAAACAA